AUGACCUCCGAGCCCGAGAUCGUUGACGCGGAUCACCCGUUCAACAAGCCCAGCGCCGACCUCAUCCUGCGCACCAGCGAUAACGUCGACUUCCACGUCCACAAGUCUAUCCUUUCCGAAGCUUCACCCGUCUUCGAGACCAUGCUCUCGCUCCCUCAGCCCCGGAAACCAGUCGGCCUCGCCCGUUCUCCUUCCACGAAAUUCGCGGAACAGAUUCAGGAGCUCAAAAACGGGCGCCCCGUCGUCAAGAUUCCGGAGCUCAAAAACGGGCGCCCCGUCGUCAAGAUUCCGGAGACGGCGGCCUCCCUUGCGAUGCUACUCCAAAUCUGCUAUCCAUACAAAGAUCCGGAUAUGAGCGAUCUGGACGAUACCAUGGAAGUCUUAGUGGCCGCGAUCAAGUACGAGAUGGACCACCCCACCACUGUAUUAUCCCAACGACUGCAAGCGCACGCCACAACGUCGCCGUUGCGCGUUUACGCUUUCGCUGUGCACCGGAGACUCGAGGAAGAAGCUCGGUUUGCAGCGAGGGCGUCACUUCGCUUCGGUCUGAACACUCUAAUCUCUCAGGAUGCACCAGAGAUGUUCGACAUAUCGGGCGUUGACUACCAGCGUCUCAUGCGUUACGUCGUGCGAUGCCAGACCGAGCUUCCCCUUAUUACAAAGGAUCUCUCAUGGCUUCCGAAAGGUCGGCCUUUCGAACAGGAGUCGGGCACUGUGGGCUGGGAGACCGGUAGAGAACCGCCUUGGUAUGGGUGCGGUGCGUGUAGGGGCGACUUUGGGGUGAGCGCUUGGUGGGAUCCAUAUCUUGGGUGGGUGCGACAGCGGUUGGCCGAACGGCCUUCUGGGGCGGUGCUUCUCGGAAUGCCGGCGUUGGUAGACCAGGCAAGUCGCGAGAUGGGGCUUAAAUGCUGGGAAUGCCGCACCGUCUCGGGACUCGGAAGCCUCAGGGCGUUUACGAAAUAUCUGGCGAUGGAAGUGGACCGGAGGACGGCUGAGAUCGCCGCAAACACGACUUUUUGCUAAGCUUGCGCUUUAUCUUCGGAAGCGUUCGACGGGCGGAGCAGGUCGCUUGGUGCAAGAUAGCGAGACGACAAAUAUACAUACAUAGCUUGCGCUUUGGAAGGGAUCGACGGGCGGAGCAGGUGGUGCGAGAUAGCGAGGCGAUAAAUAUUCCUACAUAGAGAUACAGCAUCGGGGAUGAGGAGUUCG